AGUUUUCAUUUGGGUAAAAACACUAUAACAAAGCGGGUUGUGUAGAGGGUGACGCUGCUUUGGUGAAAUGUCAGUGACUUCUCAUUGGCCCAAAAGGUUUGCUUAUUGCUGACCUGCUGCUUCCUUUCAGUGCAUUCAGUUUCUCUCCCUUCUCAGUACGUUCCUGAGAGGGGCUCUCCGAGCAGGGGAAAUGAAGUCACUGCUGUCGGCUGUCUUGAUGCUAACAUUUUUUGAUCUAAGAGCAGCAGAUGACAGAAAGCAUUCUUCCUGCAGCAGCCCCCUGGGGGACUCGGGCCCAGUCUCGGAGACGGCCUUCUCUGCUACGUCCCCCCACUUCAACGCUGAGGAAGCCUACUCUGCCCAUAUGCCUGAGCACCUUCGCUGUGAUGCCUGCAGAGUGAUAGCCUUCCAGAUGCAGGAAUACCUGAGGAAAGCAGACUCCAAACGGUCGUCCGCUAAAGCACAGUCCACUCGUCUGAGCGAGUCUGAAUACAUGGACACACUGGAGAACAGCUGCUCGCAGAGCUGGGAAAACUAUGGAGUGCAAGAAGUGGGGGGAGUGAAACGCUUUGCAGGGCCUGGCCUGAAGAACCAGGAGACCAUGAGUGUGAUGAUGACAGGUGGACCAUGGCCAGCAAGAUUAUAUAAGCUGUGCCACAGCUACCUGGGUGAAUUUGGGGAAGAGCAGAUCUACGAGGAGUAUCGACGCAGGCCGGCUGCCUUGGCAGAGUUCCUGUGCUUCGAAGAGCAGAGAGCCUGCACAAGACUUAGCGACACCCAGAACAAAAGCCCAAACAAAGUGAAGGCUCUGCAGAGUGAGCUGUAGUUCUGUUCCUGCUCAGCCAAGAUUGGCAAAUAGGUCUAAGCUGACGAGUGUGUGCCGUCAGCCUGGCCUGCCGACUGGCCAUCAAAGGAGACCAAUGUGACAUUUCUGGGCUUUCCCCCAAAAAACAAAUGCUUCCAGGCUCUUUUACAUCAUUGUUAUUGCUUAAAAAAGAUCAAUCCCCGUAACCCCGCAAGGCUGACAGGCACCCCAAUAAUAAGAAACCAUCGUAUACAUCCGAGCAACCCAAUAAUAAGAAACCACCGUAUACAUCUGAGCAACCCAAUAAUAAGAAAUCACCAUAUAUAUCUGGGCAACCCAAUAAUAACAAACCAACAUGUACAUCCAGGCAACUCUAUAACAAACCAAAAUAUACAAUCAGGCAUCCAAAUAAUAACAAACCAAUAUGUAAAUCCAGGCAACUCUAUCAUAACAAAACAACAUGUACAGUUGGGCAGUUUUAUAAAAAUAAAGUGAUAUUCUUAGCCCAGCAAUUAUUUAUGGGCAACUCUAAAAUAAACCAACACACAUACAUAAUUACAUACCAUAUAUCAAGCCAAUGCCAGAAACACAUGGUGGCAGAUCCUCGGUGUAAAUUAUCAUAGCUUCAGCAAAGUCUGUUGGAGCUGGGCUGUAGUCAAUGGCAUUCUGACAACGUCCACCUGCUGAGGAUCUGCCCACUAGAUCUAAUAUAAACUCAGUGUAUUGAAAUAGUUACAUCCAGUCUGAUUUUUAGAAGUCCCAACUCCUCACGGGUCCUGUUGACUUCCUUUCCCACAUUGAGUCAUGGGGCAUAUGUAGGUUUGCUGUUGAAUGCCUCAGGUUCCUAGCUGUGCAUUUUAUAAAUAAUGCAUUUUACUAACUACACCUCUACCUCGAUAGAACACUGUACUCGGGAGCCAAAAAAUCUUACUGCGUUAUAGGUGAAACCGCAUUAUAUCGAACUUGCUUUGAUCCACAGGAGUGCGCAGCCCUGCCCCUCCCGCCCCCACCCCCCCCAGAGCACUGCUUUACCGCGUUAUAUCCAAAUUCAUGUUAUAUUGGGUCGGGUUAUAUUGAGGUAGAGGUGUAUAUGAGUAUAAAUCAAUGGCCCAUCAUUUCCCAUUGUAUUUCAUAUCUUUAAGUUAGUCUCAGAAGGUCAUUUCAAUGAUCGUCAACCCCAUGGUGCAAAUAUGUUUCAGGUGGUUUGAAAAAUCUCUUUCUAGUCUGGUCCCUCGUGUGGGCUAGUGCUCAUUGUCUGGCAGUGCUAAGGUGUUUCCUCCCCCACCCUAACUGAGCACAAGGACAUUGAUGGCUUAAGUAACUGUGGAAACUUUCUGUCUUUAUUUAGGUGGAGGGGUUUUAAAUGCAUUUGGGGGCCUUUUACUCACUGUAUGAUCAGUUUUUUUCCCCUGGCUAUUCUUCCUCUGUUAUUUUGAUCUAAUGUUAAGCUGCCUGUCUUUUGCUCAUCACCUGUGGGCUCAACAGGUGAUCCUGCUGCCCUCUCUUCCCAGCACUUAGGGAUGUUUCAAUCCUUUUCCACCUAACUUCUUUCACUUCUUUCUGCACAGCAGGAUUUUUCUGACAGCCAGAGUCAUUCCUUUGUGAAUGUUUCCAGUUAGUAACUGCUUCCUGUUGUGGCUCACAGGCCUACAGUCUGAUGAGCAGGCUGUGUUUAAUAUGCUGUUCCGAUCCUGUUCUAGGUUCCUGCUUUACAGUGUUAAUUUCUAGCUGGCCAAGUGUCUGGGCUGAAUGGCGCUGUUAUUUCAGCAGAUGGUUUGGUUUAUAAAACGUUAUGGUCUGAAAGCUGGUUUAUUUUGCCCCAGAAAAAUGCAACGAAAAUUAAAGAAAACUUGAAAAUGUUGACAUUGCUUUGAAAAAUCAAAAAAGGUUGGCUGAAAAGCAAAGAGU